GCUUAGUCUGUGGAUGCGUGUUGACAUACAUCCCCAAAUUUCAAUAAAUUUUUAAAAUUUUGUAUGUCAAUUUAUAGGUUAUGUUGACAUGGUUCAGGCAUGUGAAUUGUGAAUUUACUAUGAUAUAGGAAUCAUCAUUUAUAUGUUUUUAAUUUAUGGAAUUCAUUUCAAUCAGAAGCAAUGGAUGAAUUAAUCGUUGGAACCUAUGAAGGAUUUUUAUUAGGUUACUCUAUACAGCCUGAGGAAGAGGCAACAAAAUUAAAGCAAACAUUCGCCACUCAUUCGCACACUGCCUCUGUCAGAUGUAUUUCUACUGCUGGGAAAUUUUUAGCAUCUGGUGGCACUGAUGACAAAGUUGUUGUCAUAGAUUUGAUUACGCGAAAAGAGCAUACUGUUUUAAUGAACCACGAUGGAUCAAUAAAUGCAGUAGCGUUUACUCAUGGUGGUACACACUUGCUUACUGGUAGCGAUGAUGGAUCUAUAAUUGUGACAAGAACUGGAAAUUGGCAAAUAGAAAAAGUGUGGAAAAAGGCCCAUGGAGGGCAACCAGUGACAGCCGUAGCUGUUCAUCCAUCAGACAAAUUAGUCCUAAGCUUAGGAGGUGACAGGACAUUAAGAACAUGGAAUCUUAUAAAAGGAAGACCAGCGUUUACCAUCAAUUUAGCUAGUAAAGGAAUAACCUUACCAACAGAAAUAAAGUUCUCACCAGGUGGGGAUAGGUUUUCUCUUGUCUCACAACAAACUGUUGAUAUAUGGAAAAUAAGUGAAGCAGGGUUGGAAAAGCGUAUUACAUGUAAUUCUAAACCAAUCACAGUACAAUGGAGCAGUGAUGAGCAAGUCUUUGUUGGAUUAGAAAAUGGAAAUAUUUUAAGUGUAAGUGUAUCUGAAACACAAGCUCUAACAUAUCCUGCCCAUAGACAAAGGGUUAAAUGUGUACAUUUCGAGAACAACAUGCUAUAUUCUGCAUCGAGUGCUGGCGAAAUCAAAACUUGGUCUGUUGAUGACAAAAUAUUAAGGGAAAUUUGUUGUGCAAAUGCAGCAUGUAGAAUAACAUGUGUUGCUCUAAAUAGACAAAAUCAUUUAAUAAAAAAAGAAGAAACCGAUGAAGAAAAUGACAAUGAAAAAGAAGAAGUUGAGAAUGAAGACAGUAACAGUGAGGAAUCAAAUAAUGAAGACACUCCAACACCACCAAAAAGGAAAAUUGGUGCAUUUGUUACAAUCAGCUAUGGUGAUGAAGAGGACAAUAAAAAUGACCACCAACCUCCAGCCAAGAAAGCAAAGAAAAAGCGAAAAAAUAAGAAAUCUAAGAAUAAAAAUACUGGUUAAUUAAACAAUGCUUUUGUUUUUGUUAUUUUAAUAACAAUAAUUAUAAUGUCCCAAAUACAAGGUCACCUAUAUGACGUAAAAAGCCUAAGGCAUGGUUUCUGUAAAAAAGUUCAAUAACUGA